CGGCCCCCCGCGCAAGCGGCGAUGGCGGCGGCGGCGGGAGCUGCAGCGGCGGCGGCCGCCGAGGUGCGGAAGGGGAGGGGGAGAGGCGGGUGCAUGCCCGCGCGCGCGCCCGGGGGAAGCGCGCACCCGUGCAAUGCUCCGGGGGUGCAACGGGGCCGGGGGGCCCGGGCGGGACUUGCAGCAAUCCGGGGGGCCAGCACCGGGGGCGGAUGAGGGGACCAGGGGGUGGGAGGUGGGGGGAGUGGGCACGGAGGCGCGCGUGCAGCCGCCGGCUGCCCCUGAGUGGGUGGCGGGCUCUGGGGCCCCAGGAUCACGCGCAAGGGGCACGAGGGGCCGUCCACCGGGCUGGGGGGCAGCGGGUGCUGGAGGGGUUGGUGCCCGGGGUCCCCGCGGCCUGGGGGACAAAGGGGGAGCGACGCGUGGAGCCGGGAGGAGGGGGCGGGGCCGGGGCUCAGAGGCCCCGCCCCCUCCCCCUCCUCUCCUCUCGGCCCCUGAGAUGCGGGGUCUACCAAGAGGGAGGGGGCUGAUGCGAGCCCGGGGGAGGGGUCGUGCGGCCCCUCCAGGCAGCCGAGGCCGCGGAAGGGGGGGCCCCCACAGAGGAAGAGGUAGGCCCCGGAGCCUACUCUCUCUUCCCAGAGCCCAGGCAUCCUGGGCCCCCCAACUCUCUACUGGGCUGACCAGCCCUUCUGUUCCUUGUCUCCCCUCCCAGGGGGAGGCCCCCGCUGAGAUGGGGGCGCUGCUGCUGGAGGAGACCAGAGGAGCCCCCGAGAGAGUUCAUGGCUCUUUGGGGGACAACCCUCGUAGUGAGGAGACCCUGCCCAAGGCCAACCCUGACUCCCUGGAGCCUGCUGGACCCUCAUCUCCAGCUUCUGUCACUGUCACCGUUGGCGAUGAGGGGGCUGACACCCCUGUAGGGCCUAUACCGCUCAUUGGAGAUGAACCUGAGACUCUCGAGGGAGAUGGGGACCUCCAUGGAGGCCGGAUCCUGCUGGGCCAUGCCACAAAGUCAUUCCCUUCUUCCCCCAGCAAGGGGGGUGCCUGUCCUAGCCGGGCCAAGAUGUCAAUGACAGGGGCCGGAAAAUCACCUCCAUCAGUCCAGAGUUUGGCUAUGAGGCUGCUGAGUAUGCCUGGGGCCCAGGGAACUGCAUCAGCAGGGCCUGAACCCCCUCCAGCCACCACCAGCCCAGAGGGGCAGCCCAAGGUCCACCGAGCCCGGAAAACCAUGUCCAAACCAGGAAAUGGACAGCCCCCAGUCCCCGAGAAGCGGCCCCCUGAAGUGCAGCAUUUCCGCAUGAGUGAUGACGUCCACUCUCUGGGGAAGGUGACCUCAGACAUGGCCAAAAGGAGGAAGCUGAACUCGGGAGCUGGACUGUCGGAGGAGUUGGGUACUGCCCGGGGUUCAGGAGAAGUGACCAUGCAGAAGGGGGACCCCGGGCCUCUAGAGGAGUGGGAGACAGUGGUAGGUGACGACUUCAGCCUCUACUACGAUUCCUACUCUGUGGAUGAGCGCGUGGACUCUGACAGCAAGUCUGAAGUUGAAGCUCUGGCUGAACAACUGAGUGAAGAGGAGGAAGAAGAGGAAGAAGAAGAAGAGGAGGAGGAAGAGGAAGAAGAGGAGGAAGAAGAGGAAGAUGAGGAGUCGGGGAAUCAGUCAGAUCGGAGUGGUUCCAGUGGCCGGCGCAAGGCCAAGAAGAAAUGGCGAAAGGACAGCCCGUGGGUGAAGCCUUCUCGGAAACGGCGGAAGCGGGAGCCUCCACGGGCCAAGGAGCCUCGAGGAGUGAAUGGUGUGGGCUCCUCAGGCCCCAGUGAGUACAUGGAGGUCCCUCUGGGGUCCCUGGAGCUGCCCAGUGAGGGGACCCUGUCCCCCAACCACGCUGGGGUGUCCAAUGACACGUCUUCGCUGGAGACAGAGCGCGGGUUUGAGGAGUUGCCCCUCUGCAGCUGCCGCAUGGAGGCACCCAAGAUCGACCGCAUCAGCGAGAGAGCGGGGCACAAGUGCAUGGCCACCGAGAGCGUGGACGGAGAGCUGUUGGGCUGCAACGCCGCGAUCCUUAAGCGGGAGACCAUGAGGCCAUCCAGCCGUGUGGCCCUGAUGGUGCUCUGUGAGACCCACCGCGCCCGCAUGGUCAAGCACCACUGCUGCCCAGGCUGCGGCUACUUCUGCACAGCGGGCACCUUCCUAGAAUGCCACCCUGAUUUCCGUGUGGCCCACCGCUUCCAUAAGGCCUGUGUGUCCCAGCUGAAUGGCAUGGUCUUUUGUCCCCACUGUGGGGAAGAUGCUUCCGAGGCCCAGGAGGUGACCAUCCCCCGGGGUGAUGGGGUAACCCCACCAGCUGGCACUGCAGCCCCUGCGCCCCUACCCCUGGCCCAGGAUGCCCCUGGGAGAGCAGACACUUCCCAGCCCAGCGCCCGGAUGCGAGGGCACGGGGAGCCCCGGCGCCCACCCUGUGACCCCCUGACUGACACCAUCGACAGCUCGGGGCCAUCCCUGACCCUGCCUAAUGGGGGCUGCCUCUCAGCCGUGGGGCUGCCGCUAGGGCCGGGCCGGGAGGCCCUGGAAAAGGCCCUGGUCAUCCAGGAGUCAGAGAGGCGGAAGAAGCUCCGUUUCCACCCCCGGCAGCUGUACCUGUCGGUGAAGCAGGGGGAGCUGCAGAAGGUGAUCCUGAUGCUGUUGGACAACCUGGACCCCAACUUCCAGAGCGACCAGCAGAGCAAGCGCACGCCCCUGCACGCGGCCGCCCAGAAGGGCUCGGUGGAGAUCUGCCACGUGCUGCUGCAGGCUGGAGCCAACAUCAAUGCAGUGGACAAGCAGCAACGGACGCCACUGAUGGAGGCUGUGGUGAACAACCACCUGGAGGUGGCCCGCUACAUGGUGCAGCGUGGCGGCUGCGUCUACAGCAAGGAGGAGGACGGCUCCACCUGUCUCCACCAUGCGGCCAAAAUCGGGAACUUAGAGAUGGUCAACCUGCUGCUCGGCACAGGACAGGUGGACGUCAACGCCCAGGACAGCGGGGGGUGGACGCCCAUCAUCUGGGCCGCAGAACACAAGCACAUUGAGGUGAUCCGCAUGCUGCUAACACGGGGUGCCGACGUCACCCUCACUGACAACGAGGAAAACAUCUGCCUGCACUGGGCCUCCUUCACUGGCAGCGCUGCCAUCGCUGAAGUCCUCCUGAAUGCCCGCUGUGACCUCCAUGCCGUCAACUACCAUGGAGACACGCCCCUGCACAUCGCCGCCCGGGAGAGCUACCACGACUGCGUGCUGUUGUUCCUGUCGCGUGGCGCUAACCCUGAGCUGCGGAACAAGGAGGGAGACACAGCGUGGGACCUGACUCCCGAGCGCUCCGACGUGUGGUUUGCGCUCCAGCUCAACCGCAAGCUGCGGCUCGGGGUGGGAAAUCGAGCUAUCCGUACUGAGAAGAUCAUCUGCCGAGAUGUGGCUCGGGGCUAUGAGAAUGUGCCCAUUCCCUGCGUCAACGGUGUGGACGGGGAGCCCUGCCCCGAGGAUUACAAGUAUAUCUCUGAGAACUGCGAGACGUCCACCAUGAACAUCGACCGCAACAUCACCCACCUGCAGCACUGCACUUGUGUGGACGACUGCUCCAGCUCCAACUGCCUGUGCGGCCAGCUCAGCAUCCGGUGCUGGUAUGACAAGGAUGGGCGGCUGCUGCAGGAAUUUAACAAGAUUGAGCCCCCCCUGAUUUUCGAGUGUAACCAGGCUUGCUCCUGCUGGAGAAACUGCAAGAACCGUGUGGUGCAGAGCGGCAUCAAGGUUCGGCUGCAGCUCUACAGAACAGCCAAGAUGGGCUGGGGGGUCCGCGCCCUGCAGACCAUCCCCCAGGGGACCUUCAUCUGCGAGUAUGUCGGGGAGCUGAUCUCCGAUGCCGAGGCUGAUGUGAGAGAGGAUGAUUCUUACCUCUUUGACCUAGACAACAAGGAUGGAGAGGUGUACUGCAUUGAUGCCCGUUACUACGGCAACAUCAGCCGCUUCAUCAACCACCUGUGUGACCCCAACAUCAUUCCUGUCCGGGUCUUCAUGCUGCACCAAGACCUGCGAUUUCCACGCAUCGCCUUCUUCAGUUCCCGAGACAUCCGGACUGGGGAGGAGCUAGGGUUUGACUAUGGCGACCGCUUCUGGGACAUCAAAAGCAAGUACUUCACCUGCCAGUGUGGCUCUGAGAAGUGCAAGCAUUCAGCUGAAGCCAUUGCCCUGGAACAGAGCCGCCUGGCCCGCCUGGACCCCCACCCCGAGCUGUUGCCCGAGCUCGGCUCGCUACCCCCAGUCAACACCUGAGAACGGACCACAGGCUUCCUGUCCCAGCCUGGAUGGCCACCAGCUCAGCAGCCUCCUCUGCCACGUGCUGCCCACAGCCCACGCCUGGGGGUGCUGCCGUCUUCUCUCCCCACCACCCCUUCACACAUUCCUCAACCAGAGACCCCAGCCGGGCCCUGGAGGUCUGACAGCCCCUCUCUCCCAGAGCUGGCUCCUCCCUGGGAGGGCGACUUCAGGGCUGGCCACCACCUGCCCCCCACCCUCAGCCGAAGUUUGAUGAAUUGAAAUCAGGCCUCUGUAUCAACGGGUUUCUUUGGUUCUCAAUAAAUGUUGGGUUUGGUAAUAAA